UCAAAAGUGCGGAGGGAAUUGAAGCGUGGCCCCGGGUUGUCCCGCAUCCACUGGGCAUCUCCAUCACCACCUCAUGCCUGCUGUCCCGACCGCGAUGGCUUCCAAAUCUUUGAAGAUGAGUAGAAAAGGGAGGAGGCUCCGCCUAAGCCUCUCCAGUUCUUCGUUCCGUGGCAACUAAGAAAGUCGGGCAUUCGAGAUGGGAAAAGGAUCAUGCGUUGUCGUCACCCUCGUUUUCUUGGUUUUGGUUCUUGCAGCAGCUGCCUUGGUGCAGUCCCAAGAAGACGAAAUACAGCAUAUGAGCAGACCAGAGAUGUACGAGAUUGACUACCGAGGCCCAGAGACCCAUUCUUCCUUACCCCCUCCACAAUCUUUGGGAGGUCCAAAGGCCAAGCCGUCAAGAAAAAGAGACGUGGGUGGUAAUAGAAAAGCUACUCAUGGAUAAGAAACGAAGGCGAAAGAAUGGUUCUCGUGUUUAUGGAUGUAGUAGAUAAAACUUUAGCCUUGAUUGUGUGCAAUUAUUAAUCUGAGGGACGGUGACGUAAUCUGGUUGUGGGAUCUCUCUCUGUGAUCUGUUAAACACUUUCAAAUAUAUGAUAGUUAAUAAAUAUAACUAUAUCAAUGCA